GCGGCUCCGGGUCUGCGGCCGCCCCCUGGGGGCGGGCGGACGCGGGCUCGGCACUGCGGCGUGCCAUCGGGCCGCCUACGUUCCCGGCUCGGUUGGAGCCGGGCUCCAGAGCCAAGGCACCUUCGAGCCAAAUCAGGGUUACCACCGAACCUAAGCGGGGGGGCUCAGGAAGGACCAGGGAGAGUGUCGGGGCGCUGGAGGAAGCUUCGCAGACGCGAGCUGGGGCCGGGUUUGCCAUGGGGGAGGUGGAGAUCUCGGCCCGGGCCUACGUGAAGAUGUGCCUGCACGCCGCCCGGUACCCGCACGCCGCCGUCAACGGGUUAUUGUUGGCGCCGGCGCCGCAGUCGGGGGAAUGCCUGUGCCUCACCGACUGUGUGCCGCUGUUCCACAGCCACCUGGCCCUGUCCGUCAUGCUGGAGGUCGCCCUCAACCAGGUAGAUGUGUGGGGCGCGCAGGCCGGUCUGGUACUGGCUGGGUACUACCAUGCCAAUGCAGCUCUCGGGGACCAAAGCCCUGGGCCCCUAGCCUUGAAAAUCGCUGGGCGGAUUGCAGAAUUCUUCCCUGAUGCAGUACUUAUUAUGUUGGAUAAUCAGAAACUGGUGUCUCAGCCUCAUGUGCCCCCAGUCAUCGUUCUGGAGAACCAAGGUCUCUGCUGGGUCCCCAAGGACAAGAACUUAGUGAUGUGGAGGGACUGGGAAGAGUCACGACAGAUGGUGGGGGCACUACUGGAGAGCCGGGCCCAGCAGCACCUUGUGGACUUUGACUGCCACCUUGAUGACAUCCGGCAGGACUGGACCAACCAGCAGCUCAACACCAAAAUCACGCAGUGGGUUGGUCCCACCGAUGGAAAUGCCUGAGCCAUGGCCAGAGGGGGGUGUGCGCGCCAGGAUCCAAUAAAGAGACUUGAGCUAGUGGA